UUGACUCAAUAGUAAUCACACGUUUUUUGUCACAACAACGAGCGCCCCCACAUCUUUUGUUGGCUCUAGGAAAAUUCCUAACUCCUAAGCUAUAUUAAUAUCUUUGAUCACGCUUCUUAUGUUUUCUGUAUCUCCACUCUGGUCAGAGCUUAAUCACAAUUCAAAUUCAGCGGUUUUGGUUGCUCGUGCUUGAAGCUUGUGCUGAGGUUUUAGUCGAUUUGGGGCCCCAACUGGUAGGGUUCUUGUGGCUUGACUAUGGGUCUUAAGGGGGCUAUAUUGAUGCAAAAAUACGAGUUGGGAAGGUUAUUAGGCCAAGGGACGUUUGCAAAAGUUUACCACGCUAGGUGUGUCGAGACGGGGCAGAGCGUGGCCAUCAAAGUGAUUGACAAGGGGAAGAUUAGGAAGGCGGAUCUCUUGGAUCAGAUAGAACGAGAGAUAUCUGUAAUGAGGCUCGUCAGACACCCCAACGUCGUUCGUCUCUAUGAAGUCAUGGCCACCAAGACCAAGAUCUAUUUUGUGAUGGAAUAUGCCAAAGGGGGCGAGCUCUUCAACAAGGUGGUGGCUCAGGGGAAGUUUCCGGAAGAUGUUGUAAGAAAAUUGUUCGUGCAGCUGAUGGAUGCCGUUGAGUUCUGCCACAGCAGAGGCGUGUACCAUCGCGAUCUGAAACUCGAGAACAUACUGUUGGACGGGGAUGGGAAUGUCAAGGUGUCGGAUUUUGGGUUGAGCGCCCUCACUGAAAGCAGGCGCUCGGAUGGGCUGCUCCACACGAGCUGCGGCACCCCUGGCUACGUAGCGCCUGAGAUAAUCGAGAGGAACGGGUACGAUGGCGUGGGAGCGGAUAUCUGGUCGUGUGGGGUGGUGCUUUAUGUUCUGUUGGCCGGUUAUCUUCCUUUUCACGACCGGAAUUUGAUGGAGAUGUAUAGAAAGAUUAUCAAAGGAGAGUAUAAAUUCCCUAGUUGGUUUUCGCCCAAACUUCGGAGACUAGUUUCAAGAAUGUUGGAUCCAAAUCCAAAUAGUAGAAUCUCAAUCGCAGAGAUCAAGGCAGGUUGUUGGUUCAAGGGGGGAAAUGGAAUUAAAGGUGAAUCAGUAGUAUCUCGUGGUGUCGCGUGGGGAGAGAGCAACGAGAAAGAGGCGCGAAGCCUUUCAAAUUUGAACGCGUUCGACAUCAUAUCCUUGUCGGAUGGAUUAGAUCUUUCCAAACUGUUUGAGGAAUCUGGCUUGGACAAGGAAUGCAGGUUCAUAUUGUGCAAGCCUGCAUCCUUGAUCAUCUCCAGGCUCGAGAAGGCGGCCAAGAUCGUGGAGAUGAAGGUGAGUAAGAAGGACGGGGGGCUGCUCAAAUUUGAGAGGUCCAAGGAGAGCAGAGACGGGGCUGUGUCGAUUGAAGUUGAGAUCUUCGUCAUCACUCCGGUGCUUCAUUUGGUGGAAGUGAAGAGAGGAUACGGAGACGUGGUGAAGUACAAGAAGAUAUUGAACGAUGUUAUAAGACCUCGUCUCGUUGACAUCGUUCGACCAUCUUACGGCGAGGUAUUAUAUUAGCAGUGGCUACCAUAAGUUAUAGGUUUCGGGUCGAGUUGGUGGGAGCAUUUUCUUCACUUUCGACUGAGCUGAGGAUUCUUUUCACAUGAAUACUGAUUACCGAGCAUAGCAAAUGUAGUUGAAAGUUGAAACUGUCAAAACUUCCAAGUUUUGCAGCAGAGUAUAGUUUUGAUGAUUUUGUUUGAUCAUCAUCGAUUUAAUUAUUUCUUUUUGUUUUGGGUACGUGCACUAGAGAAUCCACAAAUCUGGAUGGUUUCUGAAUUCUGGGAACUUUCUUGCUAAAAGCUUAUUUCAGAAGGUCCACAAUUUUUAUAAAUGUCAAAUUUCUUAUGAAAAA